AUGAAGGAAUCCGGACUAAAAUUGCCAACGAGGAACGUGCUCACGGGCGCCGUGGUGAACUGGGAGGACGACGAAAUGGCCGGCCUCGGUGACAACCCAGAGAACCUCACGCUCUCCUGGAAAGACCUGUCCGUGUACAGAAAGAAGAAACACCAGACCAGUAUAUGGAGAUCGGCCGUGUACGAGGAGGUGAAAGUACUCCAUGGAGUGAGCGGUGUCGUCUCCUCCGGCAACUUGGUAGCCUUAAUGGGUUCAAGUGGCGCCGGCAAGACAACGUUGCUAGCGGCAAUCAGUCGCAGAGAUAAAAGCGCUAUGACCGGUUAUCUCAUGCUCAAUGGGAGGUUGGCUGGAGCUGAUCUCAUUGCCCGUAUCUCUGGCUUCGUGCCUCAGGAGGACCUAUCUAUUGGCGACUUGACAGUGAGCGAGCAUAUGGAAUUCAUGGCGCGUCUGAUGAUGGACAAGCGGUCCAGUGCACCGGCGCGGGCGCGUCGCGUCCAACAGCUGCUGGGCGAGCUCGGCGUGGUGAACUGUACCCGCACCAAGUUGAAGGCGCUGUCUGGAGGCGAGAGGAAAAGGGUGGCGUUGGCCGUGCAGUUCACUCAUGACUGUGCCUCAUCGUUGUCGUCGUCGAGCGUCGUGACGUCAACAGUUUUAGAUAUUAAAGAACUGUUGAACGACCCACCGAUCCUCUUCUGUGACGAGCCGACCACUGGCUUGGACAGUUCCGCGGCAAGUGCUGUCGUCAGUAGACUAAGAAGGUUGGCUAUCGGUGGGAAACUUGUGAUCUGCUCCGUACACCAGCCGGCUUCUGGGGUAUUUGAGCUGUUCCAUCAAGUGGUACUCCUGGCCAACGGAAGAAUCGCCUUCCAUGGGACUAUCGAGCAGGCUGACCAGUUUUUCGCUUCUCUCAACUACAAAUGUCCGGUGGGCUUCAACGCGGCCGAGUACUACGUGUCGCUGCUGGGCGUUGAGGUGGACAAGGAGAUGGAGAGCAGGGACAGGAUACGGCGCAUAUGCAACGAGUACCAACGGUCGGAGUUCGCGACCGCCAUCGAGAACCGCGUGGGCGACGUCAAGGACGAGAUCGAGUAUUUCAACGGGACCUCCGACGAAAAGAAUGUGUACUUCGAGCGAUAUUUAACACUAGUCAAAGUAAAUUACUUCGUUCAGUUUUACUGGUUGAUGUGGAGGAACAUACUCGCCGUAAAACACAACAGCACCAUAUGGAUAGCCGAAUUUUUACUUUUGAUGUUCGUGGGUCUGAUCAUAUCGGUCCCUUACGCCGGCCACUUCAAGGAUCUGGACCAGCGUGACAUACAGAACGCCGAGGGUCUCCUGUACCUCACGAUCACGGAGACCAUAUUCCUGUUCAUAUACGCCGUCUUCAUCACAUUCCCCAGCGAAGUGCCCGUUCUCCUGCGGGAGACUGCCAGUGGGCUCUACGCUCCACUGCCCUACUACCUAUCGAAGGUCAUAUUCUGGAUUCCACGUGCUGUCAUAGAGCCGAUUCUCUUCGUCUCGCUCAUCUUCUGCGUGGCCGGCCUGCAAGGGGGCUUCAUGAACUGGCUGGGCUUCUGCUUCGUGUGCAUACUCUGUGCUAACUAUGCGAAUGCUUACGGCUCUUUCCUGUCAGCGGUUUUCGAUAAGAUGGAGACGGCGGCACUGGUUUCGGUGCCGUUCGACCUUGUCGGUACGAUGUUCUCCGGCAUCUACCUCAAUCUCGCCAGCGCUUCCCCGUACGUCUCCUGGCUGCGCUACGUCUCCGGCUUCUACUACGGCGUUGAGAGCAUUUCCAUACUGCAGUGGGACUCUAUCGAGACGAUCGAGUGCAAGACCAAGGGCGUGCCCUGCAUUAAAACCGGCCCCGAAGUGCUGAGGAAGUUCGGCUUCGCUGAGGAGAAUUUCUGGCGCAACUGCGUCUGCCUAUUCAUCAUGUAUUCCGUCGCCCAUAUCGUAGCCUUCAUCAUGGUCAUAAAAAGGAGUCGGGGGACGCCGGUGUAU